UGCUGCCCCUCUCCUCUCCGGCUUGGCGUGGAGAUCUGAGAUAGACAGUCAAGAGGUGGAGAGGGACGAGAGAACCGAGAGGAAGAGCGAGGAAUAAACUGAGUGCAGGAGGAGGAUAUGGAUGCCCUAGCACUAGAGGCCACCAGCGGUAAAAAGAAGGCUAACGGGGCGGCAGUGGCCACGCCGCUGCCAGCUCAAGCCCCAGUCAAACGCAAACCUGCUAAAAAAGCUAAAAAGGCUGUUGUUUUUUUUGAGGUGGAGAUACUGGAUGCCAAGACCAAGGACAAGCUCUGCUUCCUGGACAAGGUCGAGCCAAAUGCCACUAUCGGGGAGAUCAAGUCUAUGUUCCACAAGAGCCAUCCUCAGUGGUACCCAGCCAGACAGUCCAUUCGCCUCGACCCCAAGGGGAAGUCUCUGAAGGAUGAGGAUGUUCUGCAGCAUCUGCCCGUGGGAACCACGGCAACGUUCUACUUCAGAGACCUGGGAGCUCAGAUCAGCUGGGUCACAGUGUUUCUGACAGAGUAUACUGGUCCUCUGGUCAUCUACCUGAUGUUCUACUUCAGGGUACCCUUCAUCUACGCAGCCAAAUACGAUUUUACCACCAGUAAACACUGGGUCGUACAUCUCGCCUGUAUGUGUCACUCUUUCCACUAUGUCAAGAGACUCCUGGAGACGCUGUUUGUCCAUCGCUUCUCUCACGGAACAAUGCCGUUACGCAACAUCUUUAAGAACUGUACGUACUACUGGGGCUUUGCGGCAUGGAUGGCCUAUUACAUCAACCACCCGCUGUAUACACCACCCAUUUACGGGGAGCAGCAGAUAAGACUGGCCCUCAUCAUAUUCUUGUUCUGUCAGAUCGGCAACUUUUCCAUUCACAUCGCUCUCCGGAACCUCCGUCCACCAGGCUCUAAGACCAGGAAGAUUCCCUAUCCAACCAAGAACCCCUUCACCUGGAUCUUCCUGCUGGUCUCCUGCCCAAACUACACCUAUGAGCUGGGCUCCUGGCUUGGCUUUACAGUCAUGACACAGUGCCUGCCAGUGGCUUUCUUCACCCUGGUGGGUUUCAUCCAGAUGACUGUCUGGGCCAAGGGGAAGCACCGCAGCUACCUGAAGGAGUUCCGCGACUACCCUCCCCUCCGCUCACCUAUCCUGCCAUUCAUCCUGUAGGGGACUGCCUGGCCGCUCCCUCACCCAUCCAUCUCUCCCCAGUUGUAGGAGACAAAAACCCUCAACUCUGACUGAGAGGGUGCACCCUCCCCCUUUUCCUUCCUCCAGAAUCUACACCAGAACUUAUUAGAUUGACUGACAGAAUCUAACCCUGUCCCCCUUUUUCCUCUCCCUCCCCGUUCUAGAUCCCUGUCGUUGUCCCUGUGUUAAGUGAAAAUGUAAAACACUACAAUUGCUGGGUUUUUUUUCUUUUUUUGACCACAAACAAACCCAUCCUGAUUGGUUAACUGGCUUCUGUGCAUUCGAUCUCCCAGAGCUGUCUUCACCUUCAAGCUACCCAGUGUAUACUGCAAGAUGUCCGACCACUUCCGUGUCAUCUAAUACUGUUGUUUUGGGGCCGAGUCUGCAUCUGGUGAAAAUCAGCUAAUCUUUAAACUGUUUUGAUAUCCAUUGCUCUAAAUUUGAGACCAUGACAACAUUUAAUUUUGUUGAUGUCUGAUUAAGUAAUUUAUUAAAAAAAGAAAAA